CUGAGUAUUCAUCUUAUUUUUCACAACAGGGAUAAUGUGGAAUGGUCGGAAACCAGUGCCAGGAGUAAAGUGCAAGAGAACAGCUCACAGCUAUUGCCACAAGAUAAACAAGAGGAAUAUGAGGUGAAUGCUGUGAGGUACUGGGAUGACUUUUAUAAAGUCCAUGAAAAUGGCUUCUUCAAGGACAGGCACUGGCUGUUCACUGAAUUUCCUGAGCUGGCACCCAACAGGAACCCAAGGCAAAACGGGGACUCUGUGCGUGGAUUUAGGAACAAAGAGGAAUCCAACAGUGAAGGGCUGGGAAGCUGUGCAAAUGGACUUUGUACAUUGGAAACCAGGGCAGAGAAUCAGUUAAACCUGGUAAAAAGCACACCUAAAAUCUGCACAGAGGAGCUGGCUACACAGAAGUACAGUGAGACGACUCCAAGUGGUGAUUACCCAGGAGCAUCUGCAUCUUACCGCAUAUUGGAGGUUGGCUGUGGUGCUGGAAAUACAGUCUUCCCCAUUUUGCAAACCAACAAUGACCCAGGCCUCUUUGUUUAUUGCUGUGAUUUUUCUACGACAGCUGUGGAUCUUGUCCAGAACAAUGCAGAAUAUGAUUCUUCUCGCUGCUUUGCGUUUGUCCACGACCUGUGCAACGACCAGAGUCCUUUCCCAAUGCCAGAUGAGAGUCUGGACAUUGUGAUUCUUAUCUUUGUCCUCUCAGCAAUCCUCCCAGAGAAGAUGCAGGGCGUUGUGAACAGGCUGAGUCGCCUUCUGAAGCCGGGAGGAAUGGUUCUGUUACGAGAUUACGGCCGCUACGAUCUGGCCCAGCUGAGGUUUAAGAAAGGUCAAUGUUUGUCUGAUAACUUCUAUGUGAGGGGUGAUGGCACUAGAGUCUACUUCUUCACACAAGAUGAAUUAGAUGACCUCUUCACAAAAGCUGGGCUGGAGAAAAUCCAGAAUCUGGUUGAUCGGCGACUGCAGGUGAACCGGGGGAAACAAGUGACGAUGUACCGAGUGUGGAUCCAGUGCAAGUACUGCAAACCUGCUGCCCCUCUGCUCUGA